GGGGGAGGCAUUUGGUACGAUUGACGUGGCGCCGGACCAAUAGGAGAGGAGUGAUCGGCCGAGGCGACCAAUGAGGAGAAGCGGGAGGCGGGAGCCGUGCGACAGUUAAGUUUGAAUCGUUGGAGGUGCUCACGUUGUGACUGGAAAUCGUGAAAGCGCGCGGCGGCUCUUCGGCCUAAUCGCUGCCCGUGUCCUCUCCGGCCUCACUUACCGCCCGACCGCUUUCCCCACCCCAACCUUCUCCCCCCACCCAACCCAACCCUCCACAUGGCUCCUACCGGCGAAGUGGUGAUCAGCGGCGCCCGCGAGGGCAUAAACCAGCUCCGAUGGAACCUCAGCCGGAGCCAAAUCGAAUCGGAGACCGAGGCCUUGAUCCAAAGGACAAAGCAGGUGUACGACCGGGUGGGAUCGCAGCCCCUGGCCGAGGUGAACUACGAGAACACGCUGAAGGCCCUGGCGGACAUCGAGGUGGAGUACACGGUGCACCGAAACAUUCUGGACUUCCCUCAGCAUGUCUCUCCUUGCAAAGAGAUUCGAACUGCGAGCACAGAGGCAGACAAACGGCUAUCUGAAUUUGAUGUAGAGAUGAGCAUGAGAGAGGAUGUGUACCAGAGGAUUGUAGCUCUUCAGGAGAAGUGCCAGGCUGAUGCACUGCGUCCAGAGGCCAAACGUUACAUGGAAAGACUUCUUAAACUGGGAAGGAGGAACGGGCUUCACCUGAACAAAGAUAAGCAAGAGGAAAUCAAAAGCAUCAAGAAGAGAAUCAGCACCUUGUGCAUCGAUUUCAACAAGAACCUGAAUGAGAACACCACUUUCCUGCAGUUUACCCAGGAGGAGCUGGGUGGUCUCCCUGAUGAUUUUAUAAGCAGCCUGGAGAAGAGUGAAGAAGGAAAGCUGAAGGUGACGUUGAAAUACCCGCACUACUUUCCCUUAAUGAAGAAGUGUUACAUCCCAGAAACACGAAAGAAGAUGGAGGAAGCCUUUAACUCACGGUGUAAGGAGGAAAAUGCGAAAAUCCUUAAGGAAUUGGUGGAACUUCGUGGGAAGAAGUCUGCACUCCUGAGCUUCAACACCCACGCUGACUUUGUACUGGAGAUGAACAUGGCCAAGAACAGCAAAAAUGUCAGCGUGUUUCUGGACGAGCUGGCACGGAAACUGAAGCCACUGGGCGAAGAGGAACGGAGGUACAUCUUGGAGCUGAAGACAAAAGAGUGUGAGAAGCGAGGGCUAGAUUUUGAUGACAACAUAAAUGCCUGGGAUUUACGGUACUACAUGAACCAGGUGGAGGAGAUGAAGUACUUGGUGGACCAGAAUCUGCUGAAGGAAUAUUUCCCAAUGGAUGUUGUGACGUCAGGGCUGCUGGAUAUUUACCAAGAGCUGUUGGGUCUGACCUUCGAUCAGAUGGUGAAAGAAUCUGCCUGGCACGAGGAUGUGACCAUGUACUCCGUCAAAGACACAGCAAGCAGAGAAUUGAUUGGACAGUUUUACUUAGAUUUGUAUCCAAGGGAGGGCAAGUACGGACACGCUGCUUGCUUCGGUCUCCAGCCGGGCUGUCUGCUGCCUGAUGGAAGCCGGCAGAUCACCGUGGCUGCCAUGGUGGCUAACUUUACCAAGCCCACCCCCAAUGCCCCAUCUUUGCUCCAGCACGAUGAAGUAGAGACUUAUUUCCAUGAGUUUGGCCAUGUGAUGCAUCAGAUCUGCUCCCAGGCUGAGUUCGCCAUGUUCAGCGGAACACACGUUGAGAGGGAUUUUGUGGAGGCUCCAUCCCAGAUGUUGGAGAAUUGGGUUUGGGAAAAGGAGCCUCUGCUGCGGAUGUCCAAGCACUAUAAGGACGGGACUGCCAUUCCUGAGGACCUGCUGGAGAAACUCUUGAAGUCCAGGCUUGCUAACACUGGGCUCUUUAAUUUGCGGCAGAUAGUUUUGGCAAGGGUCGAUCAGUCGCUGCACAAGAAUGUCGGUGUGGAUCCGAAGGAAGAAUACAGCAAGCUCUGCAAAGAGAUCAUGGGAGUUCCAGCCUCGCCAGGAACGAACAUGCCUGCCACGUUUGGGCAUCUGGCUGGAGGCUACGAUGCGCAAUAUUAUGGCUACCUGUGGAGUGAGGUCUACUCCAUGGACAUGUUCUAUACCCGCUACCGACAGGAGGGAAUCAUGAACUCAAAGGUUGGCAUGGAUUACCGUAAUUUCAUCCUUAAACCAGGCGGUUCAGUGGAUGCCGAGGACAUGCUGAAGGAUUUCUUGGGGCGUGAGCCAAAGCAGGACGCUUUCCUCCUGAGUAAAGGGCUGACGGUGGUUCAGGGUCAGGGACGGGUUGAAAUCUCUGCGCCGUCCGCCUGCUGAAAGGCUUAAGACUACGGUUGUAUAAUUCACUGGACAUCGUGUAGGGCACAGGCCACCCUCUGCCCCAUCCUGGGAAUCUCUUCAGCGGUACUGAAGCGGCACCUUGUGAUAAAGCUGAGGAGAAUUCAAAUAGUUUGUCAAAUCCAUCAAAUUGUAAUCCAUGUAAACUUCUGUUUUUUUGUGAAGAUGGAGCACAUGUGGCUUUACAUUAGAAUAUACAGCACAGUAACAGGCCAUUUUGGCCCAACUG